AGGGCACCCAAUAUGCUUGACACUACUAAAGUGGUGCAAAAGCUAACUGCUCUGGGACUUCUGCACUCCACACCACCAAACAGCUCCCCUAAGAAAUUUGCUGGAGUCACAUAUUUUUGCUGAUUUGCAUUCUAAAAGAGGAUAUUUGAUUCAGACCUGACUGGGACAUUAUUUCACCAUGGAGGACUUUGAAUACAGUGUGCACAUCUCAGAGCAAGACUGGAACUCUUUUUUUCAGGAGUGUGAGGACUGCAACCUAUUCUCUCCAGUACUUGCCAGCCGGGAGGACUCUGGCAUGAGUGAUAUUGAUGAACUGGGGUGCCACAUUCUAGAAAGUACCUCACAUCCAGAUGCAGCAUCCACAGAGCCUGAUUUAGACCUUCAGAUAGAUGGCCCACCAGAGGGUUCUCCCGUGGAUGAUUACCUCAACAAGUAUGGAAUUUGUAGUUCAGGCCAAGUUCUCUCCGGUAGUGAGGAGGACUUGGACCUUCAGACUGUCAAUGUGUUCUUUGAGAAGUUGAGAUGUGCCACAGUAGAUGAACAGCCCUUAGAACAAAGCCAGCUUGUAAAUUGGGUAAGUGAGAAGAUGGACCAUCUGGAGGGUUUGAUUGAUAAGCAGGAUAUGUUGUCUGUAGAUGUUUGUCCAUCUGGCAAAAAUGAAGCCAAACUUAAAGGAGAAAUCACUAAGCAGGGUGAGGCUAAUACCUGGGGCAAUGUAGCCUUGGAAAAAGCUGUAGCUCCCACGUCUGCUAAUGCACAAGUAAAUGCACCAACAUUCUCUGACAGAGAGCUAGUCACUGGAGAGGAGUCAUUGUCACUUCCACUAAUUACAGUAGGACUGAAACAGGAGCAGGAGGGAAGGUGUGGUGAUCUUAUCAAAGAGCUAAAGCUGAAACCUGAAGCACAGCCUCCAGAAAAAGGGGAAAUGCCACCUAUGGUGGUUGUUAAUAUGAUAGAUAUGACUGACCAAAUUCCAGCAAGAGAAAACAUUGCUCAUCUGGAUAGUGGAAGCAGUUCAGACUCAAAAGACUCACCAGUCUCUCAGUUCCCAGUGUCACCAUCCAAUCUAAGAAGAAAAAGGAGGAAGAAGAGGAUGAGUAUUCAGCCAGUAGAACUUGGUCAUGGAUAUGAGGCUCAGUUCCAGGUCCACCGUAGGGAAUCUGAAGAAGAGAAAAAUUUUCAGGGAGAAGAGAUAAACAACCUCCCUUUAAAUGUCACAAAGUCAGAACGCUUAUCAUUUAAAAGAAUUAAAACCCAUUCAACACAUACUGCUGAUAAUGUUAGAGCUAAUUUACUGCUAAGCAGCACUUUUGCGCUCAAGGCUUCAGCUGACUUAAAGUCUUCAAAAAGCUUGCCAGUAUCUUUCACAACAUCUAAUUUAGGCAUUGAACAUACAAGCACUUAUGAUAUUUCCAAAAGUAUGAGUGAUCUUUCACUUUCAAACCAUGGAAAAUUGAAAACAAAAGUUUGUGACCUUUCUUCAUUACCCAAGACUGAUAAAGUUCUCAAUUCACAAGAAAGUGAUAUUGAAUUAAAUAUAACAGAAGCGCUUCCAUCUGGUCCUGCCAUACACAGAGAGACAAACUGUUUGCCAACUUGGAACAGGACUGGUAUUAGGAAAACCUUAUCAGAGCCUCUAAGUGAUAAUUCUGAAGCAGGAUGUCGAAGGAAAUCCUUAUUAUCUCCUAACAUUUCCAGUGCAGCUGAUUCAAAAGAGACACCUUCCCCUCUAGUCUUGUCUGACUUGAUUGCAUACAAAGAUUUAUCCUGUUUAAGAAAUGAGAUUGACUGUUCUAUCUUUAAAAAUGAGCAACACUUGCUAAGCAUUAUGGCAGGAAUUUCUGACAUCAAACAAAGCAGCUUCUUUUUAACUUCAAGCAAAUGCUCGGAUGAAAACAGCCCAAAAACAUUUACUUGUUCACAGGAUACACAGGAUAUUACUUUAAAAAGUAAAGCCUUUACUCAAAUUGAUGCCCUAGAAUCUCAGAGCCAAUCAACUGCUGAAAUACACAUGAUUUUUCCAAACACUGACUGCCAUAUGCCUGAUAAUAGUGUCAUAUCUGAUGAUGGAAAAGAUGGGGCUCAUUUUCAAAGCAGAAAUAAGCAGAGUAGUAAAAUAUUAAUUGUGGAUGCCCAACCAAUAAGGCCAAGGAAUAUAACUGAUGAUUCAGACGGUAAAGGAGACAUGAGUGUAAAUGAAUUUGACAAGUCAUGCCAUGCUGUAGCAGACAGGAUUGAAGGUUACCACUUACUUUGUGGUAUACAAAGUGAAUACAUAAGUGGAAAUGAAAUCAAGGAAGAAAGUAAGCUUCUUAGUGAAGAUGGUACUCAGAAUACUCUAGCUGAUGUGUCAGAAUUGCCUCAAAAUAUAGCUGCUGAUAUGCAGGAGACAUCCACAUAUUGUCUUGAUUUAAAUAGUGAAGCCAAAUAUCCAGAGAGUGUUGUUCUUGAUACUGCAGAUCAAAUUCCAUUUCCUGUGUAUGCUAUCUCCUCCUUCUGGAAUGAAAUGGAAAAAUUGACUAUAAAUGACAUUUUGCGGCUACGGUUAAUUGGUAAUGCCCAAUACCCUAAUGUUCUGACCCAACCAGAGGAUGGGAGUAUCGUAGACACUACAGAUGCUGCAGACUCUGGUUAUUUUACACAACCAGAUGACUCUAAGCAUAUGUCUUUCAUAUCUGAUUUGGAUGAAGACAUUGCACAGCUUCAAACCCAAAUUUCUUUGAAGCAAGAAGAUGAAUCAUGUCAGUUUCCUAGCUCUUGCAGUGUUACAUGGGAAAAUGAUCCAGAUCCAGUGGUCAUGGGUGAAGAUAUUGUGCUCCCUAGUUCUAAAACUACUCUUCCUGAACCUGUCUUUUCAGUUAAUGCUCAACAGUGCUUUAGAAAAAUGUGUAAGAAUGUUAGCGUGCAGAACCUGCAAGCUCUAGAGGCUCAACCAAUCAGACGAAUGCUGAGAAAUGCUUCUUUGCAUUCAAUCCAUUCAGAGGUAGAAGAUAACUUAAUGGAUCCCUUUUAUCACGUGGACACCACCCUCCCAAUGUGCCAAUCUGAUGAUGAGGAAAUGGAAAGUAGUGGUGUCACUUUUUCUGAGAUAAUCCAGUAUUACUUUGGAGCAGAUGAACCUGAACGUUGUGCAUCUUGUGCGGACAACAUAGCAGCCUCACACCUUGAUGGAACAGGCACUUCUGUGGCUGAGAUGUAUGACCAUUUCUUCUCAGACUUUGAUACUGAAAACUUUUAUCCACUUGCAGAAGAGUCAGGUGGUAAUAAGGACAAUAGGGUCCCUGUAUUUUCAAGCUCAACUAAAAGAACACUUGAAUUCCCAGAUGCAUAUGAUUAUUUCUUCACAGAUUCCCCAUGUUCAGAUGAAGAUGAGAAUGACAAUUCACUGAACAAAGAAGUGACAUGGUAUGACCAUAAGUCUUCCAACCAUGAUCCGGUUCCUGAAAGCUUUUUAAAUCCACUUGUUGAAGAGUCAGUUGGCAUUAAGGAUAAAAUGGUUCCCAUAUUUUCCUAUUCCCGCUCAGCUAACAGAAACCUUGUGUUCCCAGAGGCUUAUGAUUAUUUUUUCCCAGAUUCCCCUGGACAUUCAGAUGAAGAUGAUGAGAAUGACAAUUCAGUGAUCAAAGUGGUCACAAGGUAUGACCACAAGUCUUCCCGCCAUGAUCCUGUUGCACCACCAGAUAUGUAUGAGCACUUCUAUUCUGAAGAAAAUUUUCAGAACAACUUCCUCUGGACAAACCCUCUUUCAUUUAGAAGAGUUCGACGCACAGGUUUUACAGUCCCUGAAGAUAAUUCAUGUUCCUGGGCACUCUCCCCUGUAAAGCCAUUCCCAAAAGGAAUUCAACCUAUCAAUGUUUCUGGCCUUGAAAACAAACCAUUCCCAGAUCCUUUGCUCCUCAGCAUAGAGAACUGCAUCUACCAGCAGCUAGCUGAGCAACAGAAGCAAUGUAUUGAGAUGCAGACAGCAGUUGCUGAUCCGAGGUUGGAUGCCCCAUUCCUGCCUCUUAAACAGGCAGAUAUGUGCUUGGUUUGUAUAGCUUUUGCCUCUUGGGUGCUGAAAUCAACCAGUUCAGGAACAGACGCAUGGAAAGCUGCUCUUCUCGCGAACAUCAGUGCACUCUCGGCCAUACGAUACCUACGGAGACACAAGAGGGAGGAGGUUUCUGGGAAAACUCCUUUGCGUCAGAUAGAGCCCGCAUAACCCCAUUAUAGCUCACCCAAUGUCCCCAGAUAUCAUUUCAGUCACAUCACCCUUUUUCCAUGUAAUCUAAAAGGGUGUUGAAUGAAUGUCAAACACUUCAUGUAGGACAUUUUCCAUGUUUCUCAGUGCUUUUCAUUUACUGUUGAUGAACUCUGUUAAAAAGUAUUUGCCCCAUUCCGAUUUCUUGUAUUUUUAUGGAUAGCUCAUACUAAACUGUUUCAAAAAUUAAAACAAACAUAAAACAAAGGCAACCUGAGUAAACACAAAAUACAGGUUUUAAAUUAUUAUGUUAUUUAUUGAAGCAAAAAAAGUUGUCCAUAUACCAACUUGGCCUGUGUAAUAAAUCAUUUGCCUUGGUUAUUAAACCCCCAAAUUUAUGAAACUGCAUUCAUAAUAGGGUUCAGCUGGACAAGACACACCCAGGCCAGAUUACUGACUGCCCUGUUCAAUCAAAUCCACACCUAAAAAUAACUUUUUCAGCAGCAGGAAUUUGGAUGAAAGGUCUCACCCAUUAGCACACUAUGCCAAUGUCGAAAGAAAUUCCAGAAAUGAUGAGGAAAAAGUUGAUUGAAAUACAUCAGUCUGGGAAGAGUUACAAAGCUAUUCAAUGGCUCUGGGUCUCCAAAGAACCACAGUGAGAGCCAUUAUCUCCAAAUGGAGAAACGUUGUCACAGUAGUGAAUCUUCUCAGAAGUGAACGACUUUCCAAAGUUCCUCCAAGAGCAUAGUGACAACUCAUCCAGGAAGUCACAAAAAAGCCAAGGACAACAUCCAAGGAACUGCAGGCCUCCAUCGCUUCAAUAAAGGUCACUGUUCAUGACCCAAAAAUACCAUCAUGGAAGAGUAGUGAGGUAAAAACCACUGCUAACCCCGAAGAACGUUAAGGCAUGUCUGAAUUUUGCCAAAACACAUCUUGAUUAUCCUCAAAGAAUUUGGGAGAAUGUUCUGUGGACUGAUGAGUCGAAAGUGAAAAUGUUUGGUAGGCAGGGGUCCCAUUACAUCUGGUGUAAAUCAAACACAGAAUUCCACAAAAAGUACAUCAUACCUUUGGUCAAGCAUGGUGGUGGUAGUGUGAUGGUGUGGGGAUGCCUUGCUGCUUCUGGGCCAUGGUGACUUGCAUUAAUUGAGGGAAACAUAAAUUCUACCAGAAAAUACUGAAGGAGAUCAUUCAGUCAUCAGUCCUGAUUGAGAUGCUGUGGCAGGACCUUAAAUGUGCAGUUCAUGCUUGAAUAACUCACCAAUGUGGCUGAACUAAAGCAAUUCUGCAAGGAAAAGUGGGUCAAAAUUCCAACUCAUCGCUGUGAAAGACUGAUCUCCAGUUAUCAUAAGUGUUUGCUUGCAGUUGUUGCUGCUAAAGGUGGCACACUAUUAAGUUUAAGGGGGCAGUUAGUUUUUCACAUGGGUGAUGUGGGUGUUGGAUAACUUUUUUGCUUUGAAAAUGAUUUGAAAACUGUAUUUUGUGUUUACUCAGGUUGCCUUUGUUUUAUGUUAUAUCUCCUUUGAAGAUCUAAAACAAUUUAGAAUGAAAAAUUCACAAAAAUAGAAGAAAUCAGGAAGGGGGCAAAUAAUAUAUGAGAUCAGGCCAGUGGAAGUAUAUUUAUAAUAUUGUUGCUAAAUGUUUUGUUUUAGUACAAGCUCAUCAGCAUAUUCACACUUAACAUGAACAAAGUGAUUUAUGAAAUGACCAAAGCCCUUUAUUAAAGAUGUUCUGAAUUCACUGCUUAACAAAUACAGUGAAUGCUUUUGUGUGUUGUGAAGAGAGAAGAAGUAGGUGUUGAUGCAUAUUUAAUAGUAUGAUGCUGAUUAAAGCACUAGGAGGGAGAUAGCAUGUCUAAAGUGUACUUUUGGAGAGUUUUAAAGGAAAGAGUUAGUGUGUUUGUGCAAAUGGACAGUUAAUAUUUUGUGAUACUACUGAGAUGCUGGAAUUUGGAUCCAAAUUAUUCUUUGGUGUAAAGAACACCCUUAUGUGAUGCCAGUUCAGAUCUGAAAAUGUUUUAUUUAUAUAUAUAUAUAUAUUCAAAUGUAAUUUAUAUUGUUCUCUCUGAUUUAAAUUUUUCAGCAUGGGCAGGAAAUGAUUUGUAUGCCUGCUGUACCUAAAAUAAAUCUUGAUUUAUUUAUUUUUUGUUUCAAGGAAUUUUAAAGAAAGUGUUUGAUUUGUUUUUGUGUUUGCCUGUACACCUUUAUGUUUGGAAUGCUCAUUGUGGCCACUAGAGGGGGCAGAACAGGCAAUUUUGUUCUGAUUCAUUGUAAUUUUGUUACAAGUUAGGGUAAAUAAUGGAGAUUUAUUCCAACAGUGAAAUGGAGAGGGUCAAGAACAAUAUUUAACAAGUAUUUGCUAGCUUAUUUAUAUUACUAAAAAGUAAUUUGACAUUUCUAAUUAUUACAUCUUGCACUUCUAAUUAUUAUCAGCAGAUGGCAACAGAAGGCUGUGAUACAGGCCACACAUUGGGCCACCCUUUUAAAGGCCUAUUAUUUACGCAACACUUUCCAACACACUGUUAGUUGAAUGUUGUUUAAUUACACUCUUUACAGCAUUUGUUACUGUUCAGACAUUUUAAAUGAAAAGGUACUAUUGAAAACUCAACCUUAAGAGUUAAGGCGUUCAGGGAUUUUCUUUUGUAUUAUAAAAAAGAAGAAAAAAAGAAAACUUUUCAAAUCACAAAGACAUGGAAAAAUAAACCAAACAUUCAUAUUUACAGCGGUAGGCUGAAACUCCGUUACAGCUGUAUUUCAUCGCUUUUUUUUUUUUUUUUUUUUUGUCUUAUUGUGAAAAGAGUACACAAUUGUUUUGAAAGAAAUAUCUUCGACCACCACCGAAUAAAAAGGUUAAAAGUGUUCUUUUGAUACAACAGAUAGUGGAAAGCCAUAUUAAAACAAGUAUAAAUAAAAUAUAAUAUUGAUAACAAUAGCUCAAAUAUAAAACUUAAUAUUAAAUAAACUUUACAUACAAAAUAAUUUAUUUACAUUUGGUGUUUGUUUUUUUUAAAUGCAUCUCCUCACAAUUUGCAACAGUUGGUAGGACUAACAAAGGACACAAAACCAAAAAACACUCCAAUUUAACCUUGAAAAAAAUUGACAACUAUUGGAAACCAUUAUGUUCAUAUUUACAUCAUAACUGUGUCACCUUAAUAGACCUGUUUCUACAGAGUGCAUACAUCAGUCAUCAAUAGCAAAUCUACUACAGCAGUCUAAAACCAUCACCUUAAAAUUAUAUGUGCAAAAUAUUUAAUGUGAAAAAAAAAAUAAUAAUACAGCCACUGAUUACAUAAACUGUGAAUGUCCCAUGUGAGAUCAACAUCCGGCUCCCAAUAAAGGUAUACCCAUUGUG